AUGCGCGCCCUUGCACACCGCACUGUACCGUACCUCAUGUACGGCCCGCAGCUUGACAGUGCCAUCGUUGGCUGCGACGGGGAUACGGAACCGAUCGAGAAGGAAAGGGCCCUCAUCAUCAUCGCCCGGCAUAGGCGAGCACGGACAUUGCCCGACGGCUACCCUCUGGCGCUCCCGCUACGCCAUUGCGCCGAGCAGGAAAAGAGCAGCCUUGUCACAGGGGACGCCCCGACUACAGUACACACGGCCGCUCAAGUCUCCUCGGUCCGUGGCUGUCGAGAGCACAAGGGGAGCACCGGAUCUCGCGGGGCCAUCUCCCUCUCCCUGUAUCCGCCUCCCAACAACACCGGCCAGCUGCACGAGAUCGGUGUUGGCCCCAAGCGAGACUCGGCUAACCAACCCUACGACCCAUCUGCGGCCUCGGUUGCCCAUGUGUGCUGCGACCCGCGGCAGUUUGCCGUAUCUCGCUCCUUGGCCACGCCUUUGCAACAGGCAGCAUGA